AUGGUCGACGACCCGGACCUCUGCACCGUCUAUGAGGACGACGGUGUCACAUGGCUCAUCCAGUACGUGGACGCAGCCGACUUCUCUGGCCUCGCGCCUGUGACCCAAGUCUAUGGGCUGGCGCUGACGCGCGACGGCAAGGUGCUCCUCGGCGUCGACGCGCGCGGCCGCUGCACGCUGCUCGGCGGGACCGUCGAGGCCGGCGAGUCCUUCGCCGAGUGCCUCCAGCGCGAGAUGCUCGAAGAGGCCAACUACCGUGUGCUGUGCAUGGCGCCCAUCGGGUACCAGCGCAUUGACUGCGGCGACAACGUGAGCUACCAGGUGCGCUACGCCUGCCUCGUCGAGCCCGCCGGCGCCUUCACGGGCGACGCCGACGUCCGCGCCAUCAACCCCAUCGUUCGCAUCCUCGAGAUCGAGCGCGACGAUGUGCUCUCGCACUGGAACUGGGGCAAGAAGUCGGCGCUCAUGCUGACGCGCGCCACCGAAUGGUAUCAAGCUGUCCAUCAAAGUACAUGCGAGCAGUCCGCUUCCUCUUCUCUUCUCCUCAUGGAGCUUACUCGGUCUUCUUUUCACGGAGCGCCUCCAAGUCGGCUUGGAGCUGCUUGGACUUGGCCUGCUCGGCUUGGAUCCACUGCGUGUAGAGACCCGUCAUCUUUUGCACUUCCUUCUCGAGCACGCGGCGGCGGACCUUCUCCUCGAGGACCCACGCGCGCCACUUGUCGGACGCGAUCGUCGUGA